AUGUCGUCUAAGAAUCACAAAACUUCGUCUGAUUACAAGAGAAUCUUCAUUUUGGGAGCUAAAGAGUUGUCGUCUGCCGAUUUAAGAGCUGAAUUUGAGCGUUUUGGUACCAUUGUGGACAUCCGAAUGCUGAAAAAUGGCGACCGAGAGAAUAAAGGCCUCAAUUACAUAACGUUCACAAAGGCUUCUGAAGCGGCACUGGCCAUUGAUGAGAUGAAUGGCAAGAGAAUUAAGGAUCUUUUGAAGCCAAUUCGGGUGGUGCUGGCCAAUGAUAAAACAGAGGGCAGUGUGAGGGACCCCGAUGAGGAUGAGAAAAUGAAGCGUCUGUUCAUUGUGGUUCCCCAAGAACAGGACCAAAAGGAUUUGGAAAGAGAGUUCAGUAAAUAUGGAGAUAUUGAAUAUGUCAAACUGUUACGUAGAAACCAAAGCAAUGUUCAGCUGGCCUAUGUGAAGUUUCUAAAGGCUUACCAUGCUGCUCUGGCCCUUGAAGAGUGCGAUCCGGCCUACAAGGCAGUCUUCGCUGACACGGCCUGGAGCAGCAAGAGAGGACAUUCGGGGGAUCGAAGCCGGUAUGAGAGCGACUCAAAAUACAGCAGGAACAGUGGUGGUAGUAGUGGUAGCCACCAGACCGUCAGAGGACUUUCAAACCCAAACAAAGGUGGCCUGGUUUUAGGGAGUAGCGGUUACGGGGGUAUUGACUGUCGUCUUGAGGCCAAACUUGUACCUCACAUGACACCUGAGCAAGUCUACAAACUCUUUGAUGUCGUGCCUGGCCUCGUCUACUGCAACUAUGAUUCCAUCACUGGGUCAGCUGACAUAAAGUACAUCUCUCAAUCAAUGGCCAAUCAUGCAAGAGAAAAGCUGAACCUCUUGGAGUACCCGCUGGGCUACCCCAUCAUAUCUGGACUUGCAGCUCCAAUACUGGGAAGUUUCUUGGGUUCAUCUGGCUUGUCGGGCCACGAGGCCAAAUAUUCUAACCUCUCAUUGCCUGCCCCCAAACCUCUUGCCCCGGAGAACUCUCAAUGUGUUGAUAGAUUAUUCAUAGUUUCAUAUCCAUCAAAGAUUCCUGGAGACGUGCUAACCGAUUUGUUCUGCAGAUUUGGAGGCCUCAUUAGUGUAUUUUACCUGCCAAACAAGAAAUGUGGUUUCGCAAAGUUCACAACUAGCGAAUCGGCUCAGGAAGCCCUGCGAACUCUGCACAUGCAGACAAUAUGUGGCUGCACUCUCAAGGUCAUUCAGGCUGAGCCCCAGACAAACUCUGGGAGUUCGAACUCUUCGUCUCAUCAUGGUUUCAGCAGUUCGUCUUACGAUAGUUCGACCAGCGAUGCAGCCAGUCAUGGCUUGUCGGCAAAAUCCUAUAAAUUGGACUGA